AUCAAAUUGAAAUUGAAAACUGUUAAAAAUGUACUCUUGGUGUAGGUACCUAUAAAAUCAGUUCACAUAUUUUUUUACUAUUAAAAAGUAUAUUCGCUUUGUUCAAGAAAACACAGACGGUGUAAUCCUCCCCUUCAUUAACCUCAUGUGUAAAACUCUAAUGAAAACUCUUCAAUAUCUGAUAUGGAUUCUACAUUACUUUUGCCAGUUCUCACAAUUUUCAUCACAAAUAUAGUACACAAACAAUUUAACACUCGAAGUAAACUUUGUAUUUCAAUGAAAUUUUUUUUGCCUGGCAAAGUCCGUAAGACGAGAGUUUUUUGAGUUAAAUUGCCUAAAAGCAACAAAACUCAAAUUAUAAAUGUAUGUCAAGUUUAUUUCUACAAAAAAAGAGCACUUAAGUGUAAUUCGAUAAGACAAUUUAACGAAUACGCUUUUAAAUGUUAAGUUCUGUUUUAUCGCUGGAAAUUUUUUGUGUAAAGAAUCCGUUUUGGAUAGUGAGUCGGUGUAAGUAUAUAGAAGAUUCAGUGUGACACAAGUUUUAUUUCAUCCAAGUUCCCAUGGAUAUCGAAAAAACUUUUAAUCUGUGAUGCUGUCAUGUAUGUGAUGCAUUAUUUUUUAACCUUUCCCUUUUUUUUUUAAAUUAUUCUCGAUCAAAUAUUGAUUAUGCCAUCUAAAACAACCAAGCGUAUUACCACCAAUACAAGACUGUACAGAACUUCAGAUACGCCGGGAAAAAUUGACCAGCGUUCUCCAAGUAAUGUGAAACCUAUGCAAAAACCUAAUGAGGUCGAUAAAGUUUCUAAAAUUGCCUCACCUCGUACAGAAAUCUUGUCCAGUCAGUGCAACCCCAAAAGGGAAAUCAAGCGAAGCAAAUACGAAAGAGACGAUGCAGCAAUUUUCGACUGGUGGCAAAAUUUGUUCGAUAAAUUAGAGCACGAUGCCAAUAUUCCUCCAGAGGAACAGAGAGACGUGCUAUCAAACGUUUUCGGCUUAUCAGCUUUGCGGAAAAUAUUGUACUCGUGCAACACACGUAAUCCUAAAUUUAAAGAGGAAUUAGAUACGCUGUCGGAUAAAGAUAUUUCGCAGAUGAGGAUGAAAGUGCGAGAACGUCUAAAAACUGAUUCAUUUUUUACGAAUAAACAAAUCGUGUUGACCAAUGAAACUAGACAAAGUUCAGGAGAACGUUCUGCGAAAAAUAUUCGUACGUCUGCUACAAAAGCUCCUGUGGAAGUCUCAAAAUGCAAAAUGUACAUGGACUUCUUCAAACGCAAACCUGACAGGGCUGCAGUUUGGAGAAAUCUGCCGCCUUUGUCGUUGAGCGAGAUGACUUUGACUCAAAGAGCUAAAACCGUUACAGAACAAAUAGCUACAGAUUUUGUUAAUUGGCUAAGAGAUUUGGGCGGCGACGAAGAGGUGUCGCUGAGCGUGGGAGCCAUCAUUGAAAUGUUCGAAAUCGGAUUUCAGGCAAAUUCUACAAGAUCGCUCAGAGUUGGCAUUCAAGAGAUUCCUUCGGUAUCCAAGAGGGUCGCUAUAACUAAGAAAUGCCCUGAAAAAGCCAGAAGGUCGGUUCUUCGGCAAGAAAUCAUGAAAGAUUUACGGGCGAGUAAAAAGAAGACUAUUUAUUCGGCUUUCGGUGGGCGACUACCAGCGGAAAUGCAAGGGAGGCCUCCGGCGGAAAAUUAUUUUAAAAAAUGGAUGACUUGCGAUAGGGUGCCAGAACGUUUAACCAGCAUGGCAACCGUUUGGCAAGGAAUUACACAUUUAAAGUCUACACGUGCCUACUGCGAGUUCCUGCUUGAACAACCCGACGUGAAACCUCCAAAAUAUCUUCUAGAAUGCGGUAUGAUGGAUCUCAGAAAGCUCCGAGACGAAAAUAGGAAAUCUAGCGACAUUUUUGACAUUGACAUUUCUUGAUAUUUGUAGAGAAUAAAAAGCCAAAAAAUUUUGCGUAUCUUCAUAAGGAAAUUUUGUUUUAUUUUUGAGGUGGAACUUAGUGAAAUACCUUGUCAGUUAUUUUAAUUUCAAACUACAAACAAUUUUUUUUUAUUUUUUUAUAAUUCAAUUUGUACAAACAUUUAGAACAACAAGACAAUAGGUCUGUUCCAACCUGACAUGAGAACCGUUCUAGAACGGUAAUUUUCAGUUGCCCGCACCUAUUUUUCGAAAAGUUGAACGUUUAUCCUAAUUUAAAAAUGAAUUGAUCGGUUGGAACAGACAUAAUAAUUACAUAUAUCCUUAUAAUAUUUAUUGUAUGGCUUUAAAAAGUCUUUGGUACACUAACUAAUAUACAAAAUAUAUAAUAUAUAUUUCAAAAUUUUCAAAUAAAAACUAUAAUUUACAAUUACUUAUUGUACAAACAAUUUCAAAAUAUUAUAUUCCUUCUUCUUGGUAAUAAUUAUUUAUAUCAAAUCUUAAAUUCAUAUUAGAGAUACCCUGUUAACGAUAGACACGCAUCCACAUAUAGAAUUUGUGAUGAGCGAGCAAAAAAAGUGAUUUACAUGUAUACAGUUUCGAUGUUGAUCCAUUAUAAUACUGGGUGAUUCAAGUCUAUGGCACAUUAUUGCAAUGUUGCUGUUUCUAUCAGAAAUUUGUGUUUUCAAUUGGAACACGCACGGUUUUUUUUCGGCAACGUCAUCAAAGGCAUGUUUAAUAAAUUCAUCAAAUGCUAUAAUUGAUAAAUAAUAAAUAAAAAUAUUUUUCUUAAUGUCACAACUAAUUUUACCCUUCUGGGCAGGCGCAACUAGAUAAAACCUCUGACUGUAGGACAAGAACCAAAAGUCUCUUUCUUGGUUCGUGACUGUCGCGUGAUGUACAGGGUCUGUUCCACCUUAUAGUAUAUUUGGAAUCAGAAGAAAAAAAUCUAUCAUCCUAGUCAAAAAUAUACAGAGAGUUCUGUUUCAAAAAAUGCAAGUGCUUGCAUUUUGACAGUAGGCACCUGUCAUUAGCCCAUUUUAACAUGUGCAAAACAUAAAACCCUACAACUUUUGUAUUAAACUUUUUUUUGUAUUUUCUUUUGUUUAGGUUGUAGGAGCCGCACUAAUUAUGAGGAAAAAACCCUGUACCAUCGUCACCAAAAGUAACUGGGAUAGCAUCACAUUAGAUCUUGUCAAACUAUGCAUUAAAUGCAUUGAAAUGAAUGACAGUAGAAUUAGUCCAGGAGAUUAUUAUGCAUUAUUUGUGUCCCAGUUACUUUUGGUGAUGAUGGUACAUGUAUUAAAUUGUUUCGUCCAUCUUUACUCUAAAUAUUCAAAUUGCAAUUUGACGUGUAUCGUGAUAUUUCCUAUUUUAUAAUUCAGUAAACUACAGUGAUUUCAAGCAACGUGUUUUAUUUAAACGUAACACUUUAGUCACCCUGUUUGCUCUAACUUAUUUUUGAUUGAAGUUUGUAAAGCCUUUGGGCCAUAAUUAACCUCAGUAAAGGAUUUGGGUCUCUAGAAGUUUUGAGCCAUAAUGCCAGGGCUUUCAUUGAGUUUUAUUUGAAAAAAAAAAAAAAAAUGGAAAAUAAUUAAAAAUUGGAGAACGGUAAAAUGGCAACAUAAAUAUUUGAUAGGUUCUUUACAUUGAAUCACCCUGUAUGUAUAGUUUAUGUUAAUUUUUUUUUAAAGUGAUAAAACAUUUAUAAAUAAUUCAUAAAAAACAUUUCAUACAACACUUUGAAAAAGACAAAUCAUGACUAAGUACCUACUUACUAGCACCAAAAAAUUUACAACAACACUUUAUUUACAAUAUACAAUAGAUUAUAUUAUAUUUUGUGUGAUUUGUAAUUUUUUAGUGGGUUUUUGAUCCAAAUGACUUUAGCACUUUUGUGUUUGACAGCAUUUUGAUUCUCCUAUAAAAAUUUGGUUGGAAACAGAAAUUCAAGAUUCUGGAAUAGUUGAAAAUUGAAACUAAGGAGAAGAAACAAGAGUUUUAAGGAAAUUUGAUAAUUUUUCUUUUCUAUUCCAGGCUUUUGAUUGUUUGUUGAUUCUUUUAUGGAAAUAAAUUUCAUUCCAGGCUUUUGAUUGUUCCCUAAUUCUACUGUAAAAAUUAAGUAUGAUGGGAACAGAAAUUCGAGAGCCAGGAAUAGUCGAAAAUUGAAACUAAAGAAAAGACAAAUAGAGAAAAAAUUAUUCUUUACUAUUCCAGGCCUGCAUUUUUUCUUGUAUCAAAGGAUCCACUUCUUAUGAGAUUUUGGGGUUUAGUCAAUUUUUCUGAAAAUUUAAUAUGAUGCUCCUCUCCAGCAUUGCCAGGUCAUAUAUUGUUUUGUCAGUAGAUUACCAGUCUAAAUACCAGUAGAAAUCAGUAGACAGAUAAGUUGCCUUAUUAAAACCAUUAGGGUAUACUUAAUUAAUUGUUUCUACGUUUUUUCAAAUCAUUAAAUCAUUAGACUGUGUAUUAGACUAUGAAAACUUGCAUUAGAAAAUCAAACACCAAUACUACUUAUGAGAAAUAGUUUAUUAAGAUUAAGACACAUGAGAUAUUCCUAUUAAAUAUGCACUACCUAUGGGAUGCCCUAUUAUUUGGUUUUAUAUUCUUGAAGAGUACAAUUUCCCGAUUCCAAAACUAUAUGGUUUGUCUAUAUUUCGUUGAGCCGGCUCCAAUAUAUUUGGUUCAAAAAUUUUAAAAAUACUAUCAGAGAAACCAAGUACCUACCUCAAAUUUUACCUACAGCUUUCACCUGUACAGGUAGAAUGGUUCACAAAAUCAGUAUAGUAGGAUAUUAUUUUUACAAUUUUUGGAGCCAAAUAUAUGAGAGACUGUUCAAUCCAAUAUAGACAAACUAUAUAUUUUUGGAAUCGGGGCAUUGUGCUCUUCAAGAAUAUAGAAUGAAAUAUAGGGCAUCUCAUUUGAAAAAAGCUAGAAGUAUGCAAAAUUUCACAUUUCUGACAUUCAAAUUUUGUUUCUGAUCAUGAUUUCUAAAAAUUCAGCCAAAACUGUACAACUUUUGUAUUUACACCUUUUUUCCAGCUGUAAAAGGAGGUAGUCAAUAUAUAAAUAAACACCCUGUACGAAUAAGUGGAUUGCCCAAUAUCACACAAAUUAAAGGAUCCCCGAAUAAACUGGCUUAAUAUGGCUAACCGUCGGAAGUUACUUUCGGCAUGCCUUUUCCACAAAAUUAUUUUGAAUAAAAUGCCAUCAUAUUUAUUUAAUAAAAUUAUUUUUAAUAGAAAUCCUCACUCUCGGAACUUGAGAAAUGUGAACAGGAUAAGGGUUCCAAAGCAUAAAAUAGAAUUUUUUAAACGUUGUUUUACUUAUCAAAUAUCCAAAAUAUACAAUGCUGUUCCUGCCUCGCUUAUUGAGAAAUCCGAAUUAGGUUUUAAAAAAGGUUUCAAAAAUUUUUUACUCAGCUGUUGAACUUUACCUAUGUCUCGGUUAGUACAGAAUCAUGUCAUUGAAAGUCUGCUUGCUGAUUUAUCCAAGGUUCAUUUACAUUAGGUACCGUAGGCACACAUUUUUGUUUUGUUUUUUUUUUUUUUUUUUUUUGUACAGCAUGCAGUUUGGGGAAACAUAAUUAAGUAUGAACUUACAUUUAUAUUUAUAUUUUAUAUGGUAUAUAGUAUAGUUAGUUAGCUUAUAAGUAUUAUUAGGACUUAAGGUUUGGGAAAAGUUAUUAUUUUUAUUUUAUUUAUUUUUUGCUUAAGAUUUAAUGCAGAGGCCAUCUUGUUUUCAAGCUGGUCAACUGAUCUUCGGCAUUUUUCUGGCUCAGUUUUUUUUUCUUGUACCGUUCGGGUUUGAAUUGUGAAUAUUUAAUUUUUUUUUGCUGGAAAAUAAAGACCAUAUUUAUUUAUUUAUUUAUUUAUUUAUUAUUGCGGAACUUAUGGGUAGACCUUUGCGGGACGAGCGCAGCGAGUUCCGCAGCCAUCUACUCACCAAUAUAGUAUUGAAUUGUUCAAAUAAGACAUUCACUUGGAACAUGUAGUUUUUAAACUAAUGAGAAUAACUCACAUUUGAGUGAGUCAGGUUAGUAUUGUAAUUGAACAACAUAUUGAUGAAUAGAUGGCUGCGGAACUCGCUGCGCUCGUCCCGCAGAGGUCCACCCAUAAGUUCCGCUACAAUUCACUCAUUUAUACUUGAAUAACUUGACACAAUAUAUUACUAGUUUGGUAAAGAAACAUUACUAAUUUUUGUUGAAAGGCGAAUUGACAAAAAGUCGAUAAUCUUACAAAUUCUGACUUUAUAUAAGUUAUUGUUCAAGUACCAAGAAG